AUGGGCUUCAACUGCUUCGCGCGGUUCUGCCUGCCGUGGCGAUCGAACCUGACGUUCGGGCUCGCGAGCCUCGCGUUGACGACGUUUUACUUCGUGCGGUACAUGCAGUACGCGCUGCGCGCGAGCGAGCGGGGGAUCUUAGACGAGGGCGUCUUCGGUUUCAACGACGUGGUCCGCACCGGUUUGUUCAUGGCCGUGACGCACUUUUACGCCAUGGUCGGCGGCUCGCACGUGCGUUCUAUCUCACACUGGUCCCCAUACGACCCCGUUGGCGCGGUGAACGCGAUUCCUUAA